AUGUCCUCCGCCGACAUCGAGCUCGUCGAGCGACGCACCAACUCCACAACAGCAAAACCGGUCCCAGGCCCGUCGCCCCUCUCAGACGUGCCUGACGGCGGCUACGGCUGGGUAGUGGUACUUGGCUGCGCUAUCAUCACGUGGUGGUACCUGGGUAUAUCGUACAGCUGGGGCAUCGUCCAGGCCGCACUCGUCAGCCGCGGCCUCGCCUCCCCGUCCACGCUCUCGUUUGUCGGCUCGUCCGCCGUUGCGUGCAUUGCUGGUCUCGCGGUCGUCAAUGCGCGCAUGAUCCGCCACCUCGGGGCGCGGAGGACGGCGCUGCUGGGGAUCACGAUGAUCGGGGUGGGGCAGCUGCUGAGUGGCUUCGCGAUUGGGAAUAUUGGGGCGCUGUUCGUGACCGCGGGGGCGAUUACGGGGAUUGGGACGAGUCUGUGCUUUAUGGUGGUGUCUAUUACCCCCGCACAGUACUUCCACAACCGACGGGGUCUCGCGAACGGGAUCGUCUAUGCCGCCGGCGGACUUGGUGGAGCGGUCAACAGCUUCUUCAUCGACGCGCUGAUCGAAAAGCUCGGCCUGGGCUGGACCUUUCGUAUUCUGGGCAUCAUCACACUUGCAACCGGUAUUCCCGCUGCCCUGCUCGUAAAAGAGCGCACCCCCAUCCGCACAACAGGCUUCGUCGACCCGUCCCUCUUCCGCGACCCCAAAUUCAUCACCCUCUUCCUCGCGGGCGCAAUCGGCACCUUCCCGCUCUUCGUCCCGCCCUUCUUCCUGCCGCUCUACUCCGCCUCGCUGCACCUCUCCGCCCGGGCCGGCGCCGCGCUCGUCGCGACGUUCAACUUCGCCUCCGCGCUCGGGCGGCUCACGUGCGGGUUCGCGAGCGACCGCAUCGGGCCGGUGAACGUCCUGCUGCUCGCGCUCGUGCUCACCGCGCUGAGCAUGCUCGCCAUCUGGCCCGUCUCCACGUCGCUCACGCCCCUGGUCGUCUUCGCGGUCGUCAACGGCGCGGCGAACGGCGGGUUCUUCGCGACGAUGCCGACGGUGGUCGCCGCGGUGUUCGGGCCGGCGCGCGUCGGCGUCGCGAUGGGCAUGACCGUGACGGGCUGGGUCGGCGGGUACCUCAUGGGCGCGCCGAUCGCGGGGUACCUGCUGAGUGCGUAUGGCGGCAGCGCAAACGACGCGUCGCUCGAGGCGUACCACCCCGCGAUGUGGUAUGCGGGCUCGAUGGCGCUCGGCGCCGCGGGCCUCGUGUCGCUGCUGCGCUUCACGAGCAGCACGAAGCUGUUUGCGAAGAUCUGA